GGCUUGUUUUCUCAUCCCACGCCGUCAUUUCUAGAAUCCAAGCCGGGGGAGCCGUGAGGGGUUGGUUUAGGCUUUAGGGCUAACAAACAACGGCUGGGGUGUUUGGGCCAUAGAAUUAAAUUUGGGCGAACUCGGGGUCAGGCCCAGUCUAAACCCACCGCCACAAAGGCGCCAACUGUAUUGAGUUCUUCACCAACAACGAACCUGAGUUUCUUCACAACGAUUGACUGAUUGAACCUCCCCCAUUCUCUCUCUGCUCCAGAAUUUAGCUGUCCUGUUGAUUUUCCCUCUAGCCCUCUUCGAGGUAGCUGAAAAGCAGGGGACUCAAUGGAAGAUAACUGCCCAAGUAUCAAACGACAUUCCCUUAAAACCCAUCCCCGUUUCAACAAUUACUCCUUUUGGACAGACAAGUUGAGAGAAAAUUGUUACAAAAGGGUACGAGAAGACCGGACUCGUUUGCUUUGGAAAUUGAGGUUGCCUGCGGCCCAAUCUCUUAAUCACAAGUUCCUUGCAGAACCAGAAGAAUGGAUAGAAACUUGGGAAGAUGAAGAAGAUGAAUACUUGGCUCGUGCAGUUUAUGAGCAUCUGCAAUUGAAUGAUGAGCAGGUGCACAAGCAGAUUUGGUGCCCCAUCUAUAAGCAAGGAGAGUUGCAACAGAACCACCAACUUAUUUAUUGCAGCCUUUGCAAACUUAAGCUUGACAGAGAUGAUGAGGUUAACUUGGAUAUGCUAAGGGAUCGAUUAGCCGAAGCUCACGCCGACCAUUUUGAUAGAGGGUGCAGAUUGAAACCAAAGUUUUGCCAGGAAACUAGAUUUGGUUUAGCUGCAUUGUACAUCCUUUGUCAGGAUUGCAGUACCUUUGAGGUUGUCAUAUAGCUUCCUUCCUAUUUGUCCAUACUG